UCACGAUUAUGACUAAUUUUUCUAUGUUAUGUGUAUUUUUCUGUAUGAUUUUGAUAAAAUAAGUUAAAAAUUAAUAUUAGAUCGGUGUUCAAUUUUAUUACCAGACCAAUUUGGACGACUAAUUAUUUAUCUAUAUUCAUAUUCAGUGACACUAAUAUGGCGUUUAUUUGAAUUUUCAAAUAAAUUCAAGAGGGCUUCGGCGAAUCUAAUCUUAUAAAGAUUUCAAUGUUAUUAAUUGUGUAAAUAAUACAUAUUAUAUAGUCAUGUGUAAUUUAUAAGCCGUCCGUGAAACAUUGACGCGAUAAAUAAAAUGUUAUGCUAUUAAAUAUCUACGUAUCCAUAGUAACCAAUUCGAAUUUUACGGAUUCCAUUAAUUUUCAUUAAAUAUUUGCUCACUUUAUACUAAUUAUUUUUAUUUAUUAUAUUAUGAUGCAAUGGAGGAAUUAGCAAAUUCUGAUGUUCGAGUUGUACUGAAUAUAAAAGAAGCAUGUUACUUAAUAAACGUUAGAAGAACUUAACGUUUAUUGUUAACAAUCUUAGGCAAAGGUUUUGAACAAAUUCUGCUACCUACAUUAAUUGUUGCAACUCUAAAUGGACAUUCCUUGGAAACUGAUAUAAUAGAACCAAAUUCAAAUCCUGAAUAUGAUCAUGAUUUGGUUUGGGAAGUAGAUAAAAACAGACUACGAAAGAUGAGAUCAGGACAAGUUCCAUUAAAAAUAGAAUGCUUUGCUGUUAAAAGUAAUGAUAUCAAAGAAAAAUUAGGGUAUCUUCUACUUAGUUUAAGAUCUGCCCAAGUUUUUGCUAAAAGUGGUAUUGAUAAUGUAAAAGCUAAUUGGCAUAAACUAUCAGGAUUAAAAAGUGAACUCAAAAUACAUAAACCUGAGUUACUUCUUGCCUUAAGUAUCCAUGAUCUAGAAGCUACAUCAAUAAAUGCUCAAUCAGAGUUAAAAAAUUUGGAAGAAUGUCAGCAAGCAAAUGUUCAAUCUAAUAAAGUAACACCAAUUUUGUUACGUGAUGAACGUCUUAUACAAUUAGGUCCAUUAGAUAUUUGUCAUGAAUUCUUUUUAAUGAAUAUCACUGCUAUAUCUGCAGCAUAUGUAGAUUCUUUGCUACCAACGAGAUAUUAUACAGAUAUGAAAAACAAUUUACAUUUUUGGUGUAAGAUAUUAGAAAAUGAUGUAUAUUUUAAUCAAAGUAAAAAAGAGUAUGGAGAUAUUUGGACACUUAAUGAAAAAAUUGUUAUAAGGAUCAGAAGUUCAUUAAAAGUUUUCAAAGAAUAUUUACAACUAAAGCCAUUUCUGUUCAUAUAUUUAAAAUAUAAAGAUCAUAUAUUAGGUCAAUCGGAAGUAAAUUUGCAACCAUUAAUCCCUACUGAUAAUAUUGAAGAAUUUCUUAAAAUCACUGAAAAUAAUAGUAGUAUUCUAAAUCAGCGGUGUUGUUUAUGUAAAGCAGAUUUCAAUGAAAAUAAUAAAAUAGAAUGUAGAGACUCGUAUCUCGAUUUACAGCUAAAAUUGCAAUAUGUAGGUAAAACAAGUGUAGUAAUGGAUACUUCAAAUGCAAUGAUCAAUGAUUUCAUCACUCCUAAUUCUGCGGAAUUAAAGAAUAUCUUAAGACAAGUAAAUUAUAGUGAAAUAGAUUGUCAUAGAAAUCCUGCUGGUGAUUUUAGAAAAUAUGGAAUUCAAAUUUUCAAUCCCCCAAAUGGAUGCAAUAAUAUAAAUAAACACACUUUAAAUUAUGAUCUUAUAAGAGAUCAACCUGUUAAAGCUACUUAUUCACAUUCAGUUGACACAUUGCUGUGUCAAUCUAAUAUCGAUAAUUCCUCUAAAAGUGUAGAGGCUUAUCAUUGUUAUUAUUUAAAUAUUUUGUUGAUAGCAAUAAAGGCAAUAUCUUCAAAAUUAAUUAUUCCAAAUAUGGAAAUUCGGUUCCAUCAUCCAAAAACUGAAGUUACUUCAGCAUUUCAUCCAAAAAUACUAGCGUCAUUAGGAGAAAAAGUAAAAUUACAAAAUAUAGGGUGCAAAUUACAAUUUAUAUCAGCAAAAGAUGAAAUUAAACAAUUAUUGCUAAAUUUCCCACCAAAAAUUAGUAUAUAUAAAGUGGAAGGAAGUACUAAGACUUGUAUAUCUGAAAGUAGAAUUAAUACAAAAGAAUUAUUUUGUCAAAAUAAGAUGGAGUACCAAUACAAUAUACCAUUGUAUGAUAUAGAACAUAAUAAUAUUGGCAACUUGGAUGUUAUGCUAAAUUUACAAGAUUAUGGUCCAUAUUAUAGGAUUAAAAAAACCAUUCCUAAUGAAAACUUAGGGCCACCAAUCUUAGAUGAUAGUUUAGCAUAUAAAAUAGUGGAUGAGUUAGAAACUUGGAAAGAACGGCAAAUGGAAAUAUUUAAAGUUGAGUUAAAAAAGAAGGAAGAUCGUCAUUUAAAUUUACUAAGUCAGGAAUGGCAAAAACAUAGAGAAAAUUUAGAAACAAAACUUGCGUGUAGCGUUGAACAAUGUAAAAUGCUAGCAAAUAGUUUAAAUAAUGCUACAGAAGACUUAAGAACACGAAGAUUGAAAAGCCUGGAAAAAGAAACUAGGUUAAUUAAAGCAAACGAAGAUUUGCAAUGGAGAUAUGAUACAAAAUUACACGAGCUUAAAGAGUCAUUUCAAAUGGUUCAAGAAGAACUUAUGACAAAGAUUGAUGCUCUUGAAAAGAGGAAAACAGCUUUAGAAACACAAACUGAACAAUUAAGUACUGAAAAUGAAAAAUUACAAUUGCUUGUAUCAAAACAGUCUGAAGAGUUGGAAACUUAUCAAAAAGGUUCUUUGACACAGGAUCAAACAGCAAAUUUAUUGCAAGAGUUAAAGACACUUGAAAAAAAAUUACAAAAUGCACAGGAAAGUAAAUCUUUUUUCAAAGAACAAUGGGCAAAAGCAGUUCGUGAGAUACAUCGUAUGAAAAUGGAACAUCAACAAGCUAUACAAGUUCAAAUUAAAAAUAGUAAAGAAGAAUUACAAAACUUAGACCUAGAAGAAAUAUUAUCUGCAGAUUCUACUGCCUUGACAAAUGAUCAAAUAUUGUUAAAUGAAAUUCAGAAAGAAAUUGAUGUAAUCAAGCCAAAAGCAUAUCUCAUUGAAAAAGACGUUUAUUCUCAAGUAUUUACACCAAGUUCUGUAGGCUCAAAAAUUUCGCAAAAUGCUAACAAAAGCAUAUUAAAAAGAUCAGAUGAACAGGAUGAAAGAUUGCAAACAUUAGUUGAAGAACGUGAUUCCCUUUUAAAAACAGGGAGUUAUACAAUUGACGAUACAGUUAUUAUGAAAUUAAAUAAUGAAAUCAGAUCUUUAAUGAUGAAGUAAUUCUUUUAUAUAAACUAUACCUUAAAAUGUUUCAAUAUCAUAGUACAAUAU